GUCGAGACACACUGUCUAUCAUAACACGUGUGUUUAAGUGUAAUUGAAGUUGAAGUAUUUCACCAACGGUUCUCGCAGUGCAAUACCUGAAACGGUGAAAGGGCUUGUUCCCACUGGCCGCGGUUAGGUGUUUCACGCACAAAGACGUAUACAUGCUUGACAUAUUGGUACCUGGGUACAAGGGGUCCUUACGAGCUUCCCGUUUCAGAGGCAAGCUUUCUUUGCCCUUCCUUUUGAGCGGCUCGCAAUUGCCGCUUUAGGACUUUAGCUUAAUAGCAAUGAGGCGGCUGUGCUUGCGGGACGUGGGCCUUUCGAUAGAGACAGUCAGAGGAGCGUAUGCCGGGUAGUUGCUUGCCCAUGGAUAUACCAGGAAGGAGCUAUGCUUGGGAAGGGGAGCGAAUGCCGCACCACCUGCCUUCGGCAGUUGGGGAGCCUUGCUCUUCAGGGCGAACUGCUGUUGGGAGACCGGGUUCUGCAGACCUACGGAGCUCAGCUAAUUUGCCGCGGUCGUCUCGCAGCGGAAUUGAACCUGUUUACUUUGAAGCUGCAGAAGAUGUUGUUGGGCCAGCUGAGUAUGGACCUCGUCGACCUUUGGACCUCAGAGUCAGGCCGCCCAGCUCGUCGAUACCGGACUCUUCCCCUUUACCAGGGCGCAAAAGCCGACGUGGCUCUUUUGUUGGCUUUUUGGGUAUGAAGUCUGGUGGCUCGGUCCAGGGCAGCUCUAAGACGCCAAGUCGCGAAAUUACCAUGCAGGGCAUGGUGCCCUCUACUGUGUCAGCUGGCCACAUGCGGCGACAUUCCUUCCUCCAUACCAUUGGCUUUGGCACCCAUUCGCCGGCCCAUGAACAGGAAGAGCCUCCGGGCUCAGGGUCGCAUAGGAGCAAGCCAGCCUCGCAAGCCCGCAGACGCCGAGCAAGCAUGCUCGACUUGUUCAGGCACGGCCAGCACCCGGAUUCCAACGCGGGGGGUGCGGACGUGCCCAGCCCUACCCUGGACGCCCCACAGCAGCCCCUAGGGCGCAAGUCCCGACGUUCUUCAUUCAUCGAUUUCUUCCGCACCAGCAAUACUGGGAUGCAGGGGGGUGCGGACCUCACAGUGUCAAGCCCUGCCGUCAACCGCUCAGGCCGUAACCUCAGCCUCCGGGGUGAGGGUGUGGUGAGCGGGCGGGCGCAGCGGCGGAGAAGCGUCAUAGACAUCUUGGGUCAUUCAUCUAAGAAGGUGCUUGCGAAGCUGAUGCACCACGAGUAUGAGGAGGACGCGGACGCCGAGGAGGAGGGCGAGGAGGGCCGGCUGUGGUUCACUUCUCUGGCUGACUUUAAGCCUCUGACGUUUAAGUACCUGUCGGGGCGCUACUCGUCAGCGUUCUUCGCUUGUUCCGUAAAGACCGGUCAGCACUACAUCCUCAAGCAAUUUGAGAAAGAGAAGAUGAGCUUGACGGACGAGCGCGGAGUGCGACGCGCCCUGGCGUUUGCGCAGGAACUGCAUCACGACCACAUAGUGCGGUGUUGUGGCACGUGGGAAGAUGAGGAGGCGCUAUACAUUGUGGAGGAGUAUGCCAUGAAAGGUGACCUGCUGCAGGACUCCAUGUCGCACCCGGAGAAGUACACGGAGGCCUUCAUGGCCACCAAGGUCGUGAAGCCGCUGCUGGAGGUGCUCGUCUACCUGCACGGCAUGGAUGUCGUACACCGGGCCAUCUUUCCAGAGUACGUCAUGUUUGGGCGGGAGGACCAGCUCAAGCUGGGGCACUUCACCAGCGCCAUCAACCAGCGGAUAGACCCGCCCAACGAGCGGAUACCCUUCCUGGACUACAUGGCUCCGGAGAUGCUGGCGGUGCGGGUGGAUGAGCCGGCGGGGCUGUUCUCGGCUGCCUCUGCUGGAUCCGGAAUGGGAACCGGCAGGGGCACGCCAACAAAGGCCAAGGGCCUAAACUCGCAGCAGACGCGUGUGGUGCGCGUGCAGGGCCUGGUCGGGCCCUCCAACGACGGCUCCAUGCCGCCCGGCCGGGGCGGCUACCCGGGUUCCGGAUCCCCCUCCAUGCAGCCCUCACCCAUCCCAUCCGGCGCGUACGACACACCCGAGUACGGGCGACCUUCACCCAUCAGUGUGGCAUCUAGGCACGGCCUGUUUGGUGGAGCCCUAUCUGACCUGCCUGGCUCGCCCCUAUCUCCAGCGGAAAGCCUGCCCACAGAAAAGUCCGUGACCUCCCGUACUACCAGCCGUAGCGCGCUGAGCAUCUUCCGUUCCAAGCGGCAUCUUACGUCAUCACAACAGCCCUCGGAUGAGGAUUGCAGCGGCGUCAGGGACGCCUCCUCUUCCCAGCCCUGGGCUGGGGCGCCCAGCCGGCGGCUCCGAAGUGACACCUCAGAGGCCCCUUGGUCGUCUCCACCCUCGGAUGGUGGCGCGCAGAGCAGCGGCAGCUGCACGGCGGGGCCCUCCAGGGGCAUGGGGCACACCUUCCGGCGGCGGAAAUCCGCACUGGAAGAGAUGAGCGCGCCGUGGCUGCGACCUGUGGACGCAGGGCCCAGCAGCGAUGCGGGGCCGGGGGCGGGGGAUGGCGUUGUGGGCGGCGGCGGCGGUGCCAUGCAGCCCUCGAUGGAAGGCGAUGGGGUGCUAGUGGAUUCCACAGCGGCGGCGGCGGCGGCCACUGCAGCUGGGGAAGAGGUGGCGGAGGGAGGUGCCGCUGCUGCUGCUGCUUCUAGCGCAUGCAUUGGCGGCAGCGGAGGAGGAGGGGGGUUGCCAGGUAGCCUGUGCGUUGACGAGCAUCCCACGUUAGUCCGGGAGCCCAGCGAGGACCCGCGCUCUUCCAGCCACCUGGCCCCUUCCUCCUCGCCGUCAUGUGAGCCGCUCGACCCAAGCGAGCGUGAGCCGCAGCACCUGCUAGGCCCUGCGCCUCCGCCGCCACCUCAACAACUGUUGCGGCAGCCCCCUGAGGGCUUCUCCUCCCUCCGUCGGCAGCUCUCCUCCGCAGCCAUGGUGGCUGGCGCGCCGGUGCCCCGUCCCGCGUCAUGCGCCUCGAGAGCUGCGUCCAGCGGCCAGGCUUCCUCCUCUGCGCGGCCCUCGGCUCCGCCCUCGCCACACACACCAGAGCAGGACGGCUGCUUGCCAGGGUACGCGGCGGGCCCGGCUGAGGCCGCCGGAUCGAUUCCCUCCCCAUGGAGCCUACGGCAGGGCUCCUCCAUCCGUGCACAUCGCUCCAAUCUGGGUCCGGGUGCUAGUCCGGGUGCUGGCAGCGGUUUGGAAUCUGGGCCGGUUGGUGAGGCUCUUGUGGCGGAGACCUCGGGAGGGGGAUCCUCUCCAGGCAGGUAUGACAGCACGGACUUGUCGGUGUAUGCGACCGAUGCGUCGGUGUAUGCCAUGGAUGCGGGGGGUGCGGUUUCGGAGCUGAAGCGCGGGCGCACCGGCGUGUCCUUCACAACAGCUGCCGAGGAGCCUGCCGACGACGGGGCAUCGGUUUCCAGUCGGCCGCUUCGCUCCCGGAUAGCCUCCCGUGAGGCGAGCGUUACCAGCGCGGUUCAAAUGAUUAGCGGGCUGCGCAGCAUGGCGAGGAGCAUAACCAUGAAGCUCGGACAGGCGUUUGGCGGCCUGGGCGGCGAGGGGUUAGGCGGCACCAGUGCUGGCGAUCUGCUUACUGCGGAGGUGACGGAUGGCGGCAAUGGCACGAGUGGCGGGGGAGGUGGCGGCAGCGGAGGCGGAUUCGUCGGUGUCGCUGGUCGCGAAACCUCGCCGCGACAGAGCUUCGGUGGAGAUGCAACGAGCAUCUUUGUGCCCAACAAUCCCUGGGAAUGGCAGGAUCAAUACGACGAGAAGGUGGACCUGUGGCAGGUGGGUUGCCUGGUGCACGAGAUCCUCUGCCUCAGUCUUCCCUUUGAAGCGGAGGACAAGCUGCUCGCAUGCGCGCUCAUCCUGUGGGCCGACAUCACCUCCUUCCCCGACCAUCUCUCCCCCGAGUGCCACGAAUUCAUCCGCGCCUGCCUCACCAAGAACCCCGUGGAGCGACCCUCAGCAGCGGAUCUCUUGCAGCACCCCUGGGUUGCACGGCAUGCCGCAGGGGAGGUGCUCAAAUCUGUACGACAGCAGCGUGAAGAGGCCAACUUGGCAGGGCUGUCUGCAGGACAGCAGCUGACGUCCGUACAGCGGGCGGCGGCGGCUGUUGGGUUAGGCUGGCUGGUGGGAGUCAAUGCUGACGCCGCCGCCGCUGGCAGCAGCAGUAGCGGCGGCGGUGGCAGCAGCAAAUCCCAGGCUCAGGCAUGGCUGGGAUCUUGGGCUUGGCUGCUCAGGCCUUGGACGGCCAAGGUACGGCCGGCAGGCGGUGACAGCAGCAAGGAGGGGGAGUCGAAAUUUGAGCGUGCCGUGGCCAUGGUUCAGGAGCAACACCAGCAUGAGUUGCAGCAGGGCGUGCUGGGGGGCUUGGAUGCCUCUACUCGGGCGCGAGGGGUGGGGGACCUGGAGGCUGGGCAGCAGGGCGGGCCCCGGCGGCACAGCUUGGAUGCCGCGAGGCACAGCUACCAGGCAUUUGGGCGGGGCAACCGGCCAAGUCGUGGGGAUAACGCAUCCACUAGGUGGGGGGUGGUGCUCUGAAGUGAGGGUGAUAUUGUAACCAUGUGAUGAUGUCCGUGAUGUGAUGUGGCACCGUCAUGUGAAGCGGUAGCUGGCAUCGUGGGUGUUGAGGGGGAAUGUACUUCGGAUGCAUGAAUGGGGUGUGGGGAAGAGGAAGAUGUGUGACUGGUGUGGCGUUGUGGAGGGGCAGGUGAGGCGGGGUGAGGUGCGAGGAGCUUCUCGUAUACGUACACUGUUGAUGUUGGUUGCCGUACAAGGCCUGUUUGAUGAGUUGGAGAGCUUAAAGUGGGAGGCGAAAGACGACUCUUAUACCCUUCUCGGGAUAUUGGCAGGCUGGCUGUUGUGAAGGGCAGGCUGGAAAGAGUGGCAUAAACAUAUGAGCUGAGCAAUGAAAGUGAAGUUGACGUGGUUUUGGAGUAAUGUGCUUUCUAAUGAUGUGGAAGGAGGUGGGUUUGCAGGGGGCAAGUCGCCGCCACUGUAGGACACAGCGGCACUGGCCACACGACGACGACGUUUAUAUUGGCGCCAUCGGAGUAUGCAUGAUGAUGAGUAAUGGCCGAGGGCGCUUGCCGGAGUUCUGUGAUAACCCGUGCCGCCCCUGCAUGACAUGCUUCAACCUGAUGUCUCUUUGGUGUUGCGUCAAGGGUCUGCUGUGUGUGCGUUGCAGCGGCUUACGAUGACGUGUCUCGGCGUUGCACUUUUGUGAUUGACCGCGAGCAUUGGAGUGAGUUGUGCAGCUGGAGAGGCUGGGUACCAACUUGUGACGAGUAUAACCAUUCAUGGCAUGGUGAAUCAUUUUGGACUGACGGACGGCGCGUGCACGUCUGGAAUAAACCUACAUAUGAUCCGCACGCGAGACGCGACGAGUAGAGACGGCGUCGGCAUGGGAGACGGAGCACCGCAGGUGGUUUCUCAAGUUAUGUGGGAACCGCGCUUAUGUAUAUCAACAACGUUUGGCUUGACUGUUCGGUGCCGUAUGUGUUGGCAGCGGGAGGGUAUACUAACCCUGCGCUCCUUUGGACAUGAGGCAUGUGCAUAAAGAUGCUGGAAGAAUUAAGGUGGCAGCUGGGAGGAGAGGUGGAGACUUAGUGCUUUGCAGGCGCUGGACGAGCGUUGAGAUAGGUCCAUGUGAAAACAAU